AGGAAUUUGAUAAAAACUCCUUCAACCGGUCGGAGACCUUCUCUAUUGCUUUCCCUUAAAACCAACUGUUUUGGAGACGACUCCACUCCCACAAAUUUUAUCUUUCUCUAAAGAAAUAUAGAAAAACCAUUCAUAACCAAAAUAAAUUUCUUUUUUGUAAUUUUUCUUUUUCAAUCUCUGACUUGCACAGAGUGAUUUUUCUAGGGUUUUCUUUGUGCGGUUAGAAUUCAAAACGGCUUCGACGCAGGUACUGUCUUUUUGGUUCUGUCUGAUUUUCAAGAGUUUGGUGAAGAAUAACAGGGUUAGGGCUUGAUUGGAGGGUGAUUGGGGCCUUGCAUUGUGCUGGGUCUGGGUUGCAAUUUAUUUCAGAAUAGUACGUUGAUCAAAUUUCCGGUAGAGUAAUGGGUUUCUAUUAGACUAUGAUAAUUUUGUCGUGUUUGAGAUGGGUUCCUGUGAAAAUUUGACUAUAACUGAGAAACCGUUAUGUGGUUCUGUUAUUGAGCAGAAUUUGAACUUAGAAUUUCCCAUGCCAUCUGUAUCCGAGCAGCAGUCAUGCUCGGAAGCAGCUUACAGAUUGUUUGAGUCUAAUGUGGACCCCACGAAUGCUCUGGAUGGGUGUCCGGAUUUGUCUCGGGUUGUUGACUCUGGUUGUGUGAGCUCUGGUGAGGUUACAGACGCUACGGAAGUGUUUACUGUUAAUAAAGAUGGCUUGGUGGGUGAGAGUCAGAAUUUGGGUGAUUUGACGACGGAGAAAGUGCUGGGCAGUGAACGUAGGAUCAGUGGGGACUGUUUUAACGAGAUUCGGAGUCAGGGUGGAAUUUGUAAUUUGGAAACUGGCGCAUUUUGUUUGGAGAAAAGCGGGUUUCAAGGUGAAGAUGACUGUGAAACACCUUUGGAAUCUAUGCCUUUGACUGGUUCACAGGGGAAUUGUGUUCAACUGGAUGAGCUGGUUGAUAAGACCAUGAGUGGUUCAUCUCCAGAAGGGGUCAUGGAGGUUACAGGUAAGCAAAGUGGUGAAGCAGGGUUAGAGACUGAUACUUGUAACCCAAUAUCUCCUUCACUGGGUUGUGAAAACGACUUGGAAUUAAUACAGGUGAAUGGUUUGCCAAGUAAUUAUGCCCAGCAGAACGUGCAGGGGGAAACUAACCGCAUCGGUGGUCUUUCUUUGGAGGAUAUGGAUGGGAAAAUUGAUGUUUGCAAUCGGAUUUCACCUUUGCAGGAUGGUGAAAUGCCUUUAAAAUUCUUACAUGCAGGUGACUUAGUGAGCAAUAGUGACUGGCAUAGGGAUCAGAAAUAUGAAGAGACUCUCAGUGGUCUCUCUGCUGAGACGGUUACAGGGAUUCUUCAAACAAAAAGCAAUACUGGUGUAUGUAUCCAAGUAUUGCCUUCACAGGGUUCCCAGAGGGCCUUGGAGAAUUUACAUAUGGCUGAAUCACUGAGUAUCUCCUUCCAACAAAAAGAGCAGAGGAAUGAUAAGACUGUUGAUGUUUCCUGUGCAGAAAGUGUUGCCAAGGCUGUGGAACAGAAAAGUGGUCUCACGACUUGUGUAAGUGUUGAAUCUGGCAUCUAUAUGUUACCAUUAGAAGAAAAUUCCUGUAUUUUAAAGGAAAGUGCUGCCAACAUAGCUCAUCACUGUAAUUUUGAGAAAUCAGUUCUUUCCCAGUCCUGUCAACCCUUUAGUCUUGCAGAUUAUGACACUUUGAAGGAUAUGCCAGAUCAGGAUAUUAUUGCUUCUAUUCAUUCUAGCAGUGUGGUCGGAUGUUCUGGACAUACAGAUAAUGAAGGAAAAGAUAAUGUCGGAUUUGGUUGUGUUUUUGAAACCAAAUGUCCUGAAAUUGUGUCCUCAUCUACUCGAAGUCGAAGGAAUGGCCGGAGAAGUAAAUCAAGCCAGAAAACUAAUAAAAACAGGGCUGCAAAGAAGUGCAAGCGCACCACCAAUGUGCCACACCCACAUGGAAGUAUCGGAAUUGUGGUGAAGGCUGUAAGAAUGAGAAGAAGCUGUUUAUCAAAACGAGCUCGUUCUUCUGACUGGGGGUUGUUGGGGAAUAUUACACAGUUCUUCAAAGAGACUAAUGGGCUUGAUGGACUCAAUCUGCUACAGAAUCAAGGAUUGAGAAAAGCAAGGGGUGGCCGACGAAGUGGAAAGCAGAACAAGAAAUGUGCAAGUGGAAGCUCAAGAGGGUCAAGCGGAAAUAAUUUUGCAUCGACUAGUCGUAUUCGUUUGAAGGUUAAAGUGGGGAAAGUGGCAGGCCAAAGUUGUCUGAACAACAUGGUUUCAGAGGUUGUUGAUAUGUCAGCAUCUGCCAGUGCUACCACUGGUGUUAACGGGACUGAUUAUUCUGGAACCAGUUUAGAACUUCCAAAAUUAGCCAAUUGUGUUGGGGAUAAAUUGAGGGAAGAUGGGACUAUAAUGCAACUUGAAUGUUUCAGCAAGCACCUAGAGAAGGAAAAAACAUUUCCAGAUGCUUUUGUUAUGGAUAGACAACUCGCAAAUAAGGACUCCCAGGACACCAAUAAUAUAGAUAAGGUAGCUGGAGAUUCAGACGACUAUCUUGGGGUUCCCUCCAAUGUGGAGGUUGAAGCAUUGGGAGAGACUAAUGAGAAUAGGUGUACAGAUCCUGGAACUUCGCCUGAUUCAGAAGUGAUCAAUUUGAUUCCAGAUGCCCAAGUCACUGCAAGACAUCAAGCGGAUUUUCAUGAUGCUCUUUUGACUUCCUCCAAGGAUAUUGCUGCUAAAGGACAUCGUACCAGUGGUAAGAGGGGAAAGAAGGACAGGGUUCCUUGUUCGCGUAACUCUAUUCUGGAAGAUGGAUCAUCUGGUCCAGUUGGCAUAAAUAAAGCUAAAACAUCAAAGAAACACGGGAGCAAAAAAGAUAUGGGUAAUGGGCUUUGCUCUGGAGAAAUUCUUACUUCACCCACCAGUGCAAAUACUUCAAGCAACCUGUCAAGCAACAAGAAAGUACCUAUGGAACCAUUGGUUCUUUCAAGAGAGAGUGAACGAGGAGUAUUCAUUGAGGCUUUGAAAGAGGAAAGUGGUACGGAAGCUCAAACAUAUUGCAACCUAGAUGUUGAUGUUAAAUUAUCAGAGUCACAUAAUUCCAAGAAUUUACAUCCUUCUACUAAAGGUAUGGGGCGUAAACUUCCAAAAUCUGGUAGAGUGAGCAAGGGCAGGUCCAAAGCCUCUGAAUCAGCAAGCGGGAGAGGGAAUGCACGUAGACAGAGGGAGAAGCCGCAGAAGUCUGUUAACAAGUGCAAAGCCAAGGAGAAGGGUGUUUGUAACCAAAUUGUACUCAAAGUGGAAAGUCACCCAGAAACUGGAAGUCAGAAAGUUGAUUGCAUUGGAAAAACCAACAUCGUCGACAGCAUUGCAGUGACGAACCAAUCUAACUUGAGCAUGGUACCAGGUGGUAUAGAGGAGCAGUGUCUAUCCUCACGCAAGGCUUGGGUGCUGUGUGAUGAUUGUCAUAAAUGGCGGCGUAUACCAGCUUUGCUUGCAGAUUCUAUUGAAAAGACAAAUUGCACAUGGACCUGUAAAGACAACACGGAUAAACCCUUCGCUGAUUGCUCAAUACCUCAAGAGAAGUCAAAUGCAGAGAUUAAUGCGGAGUUGGAUAUAUCUGAUGCCUCCGGUGAAGAAGAUGCUAAUGAUGGCCGUUUAAAUUAUAAGGGAUUGGAAUGUAUGCGUUCAGCAGGUUACCAAGAGUCAACCUUUAAGUGCGUUUCUACUAAUGAGUUUCUGCAUCGUUGGCGUAGAACCCAGACUAUUGAUGAGGUAAUGGUUUGCCAUUGCAAACCACCUCCAAAAGACCGGUUGGGAUGCAGAGAUGAAUGCCUGAACCGCAUGCUUAAUAUUGAAUGCGUCCAAGGCACCUGCCCAUGUGGAGACUUAUGUUCAAAUCAACAGUUCCAGAAACAGAAAUAUGCUAGACUGGAGUGGUUUCGAAGUGGGAAGAAGGGUUAUGGGCUAAAGUUGCUUGAGGAUAUACGCAAAGGGCAGUUUCUUAUUGAAUAUGUUGGAGAGGUGCUUGAUAUGCAUGCUUAUGAGGCACGGCAAAAAGAUUAUGCUUUGAAGGGUCAUAGACAUUUCUAUUUCAUGACAUUGAAUGGCAGUGAGGUAAUAGAUGCAUGUGCAAAAGGAAAUUUGGGCCGUUUCAUUAACCAUAGUUGUGAUCCUAAUUGCCGUACAGAAAAGUGGAUGGUGAAUGGAGAAAUUUGCAUUGGACUAUUUGCGUUAAGGAAUAUUAAGAAGGGUGAAGAGGUGACAUUUGACUACAACUAUGUCAGGGUGUUUGGGGCAGCUGCCAAAAAAUGUUAUUGUGGUGCACCUCAAUGUCGGGGUUUUAUAGGUGGUGAUCUGCAUAAUUCUGAAGUAAUUGUUCAAGGUGAUUCAGAUGACGAAUUUCCGGAACCUGUGAUGCUUCUUGAAGACGGUGAAAGUGGAGAUAGCUUGGACAAUAUGAUGCCUAGUGCCAUUCCCUUUGAGAGUGCUGAAAUCCAAACUGUCGAGAGUGUAUUAAAAGAUAGACAUGGAAUGGAUAAAGCCACAACUGCUGUUGGGCAGUUGGAGAGUACCAUAGAGAAAGAGGACUCUUUGGACCAAUCUGCUGCUUCCCAACUACAGAGCUCGUUGGAACUGGAGGGCUCCAAGGGAAGGUUACCAGCUGUUGUUCAACCAGUCGAAAUUUCCCAUCCAACAGAAGAUGUAAUAAUCAAGUCCAUGCCCGCUGUUCAGCUAGAGAAUUUCAUAGAAGUGGAAACCAUGAAUAAAGCCUCAUCAUAUGUUAAUAGAUCAGAGAAAUUUUCUCCAACUAUGACUCUCAGUAAAUCGUUAUCUGCUGUUGUUGAUGCUAAUAUGAAGUCCAAGUCUGACACAGUUGAAGACAAGAGGGUUUCUUCAAAAUCACAUACUUUGAUGAAAGCUUCUCGCCCAUCUACUUCUGUUAAAAAAGGAAAAGCUAGUGGUAAUCAUCUGAAUACCAAUAAAGUUCAGGUGACAGCCAACAAAUCUCAGGUGCUGUCUAUUAAACCAAAAAAGUUACUGGAAAGUUCUUCUAACGGCCGUUCUGAAGCAGUUGAAGAGAAACUUAAUGAGUUGCUGGAUACUGAUGGAGGGAUUAGCAAACGCAAGGAUGCCCCUAAAGGCUACUUGAAGCUUCUGCUUCUCACUGCAGCAUCAGGUGAUAGUGGCAAUGGUGAAGCAAUUCAGAGCAAUCGAGAUCUUUCAAUGAUCCUUGAUGCACUUCUGAAAACAAAAUCACGAGCAGUAUUGAUUGAUAUAAUUAACAAAAAUGGUUUGAGGAUGCUGCACAACAUAAUGAAGCAGUACAGGAGGGACUUCAAAAAGAUUCCUAUCCUCCGGAAGCUUCUCAAGGUCUUAGAGUAUUUGGCAGUGAGGGAGAUACUGACACCUGAACAUAUUAAUGGAGGUCCUCCUUGUCCUGGAAUGGAGAGCUUUAGGGAGUCAAUACUAUCACUGACAGAGCAUGAUGACAAACAGGUUCAUCAAAUUGCACGGAACUUUCGAGAUAGGUGGAUUCCUAGACCUGUCAGAAAACUUGGCUACUUGGACAGAGAUGAUGGCAGGAUGGAGAUCCGCAGGGGUUCGAACUGCAAUAGGUUCUCAGCAUCACACAACUGUUGGCGUGAUCAGGAUGCAAGACCUACAGAAGCAAUUGAUUGUGUGAAGCAAACGGUGAUUUCAACGACCUCAUAUGAUACUGGUCUACAGGAGGGCUGUUCUGCUCCUUGUGCAGGUGGUUGCCAGACGAAUGAGAUAAAAACUCGUAAACGUAAAAGCAGAUGGGAUCAGCCAGCAGAGACUAACCCAACUCCGAGAUCUCCUCCGCACAAGGAACUGAGGACCGAGUCUACAUUGCUAGAGCAAUUUGAAUCCCGACCAUUACAAGGGGGUGUUGAAGUGGCACUGGAUCAUGUAGACAAUGUAAGCAGAAAGAACAGGAGUUGCCCUGGUCCUGUUCACAAUCACUGUCAGCAAGAUGAAGCUAGUGGGGCUGAUAAUGAAAGGCAGAACAUACCUGAGGAUGUUCCACCUGGGUUUUCAUCUCCCCCAGCUCGGGGUCCAUCAACUGCUAUUGAUCUCCCUAGACAAAAUGUUCACCAUAGGAAGCGUGUUUUCGAUGCGAUUAUUGGGCAGCCACAGGAGAAAUUCAUUUCUCGAUUGCCUGUCUCAUAUGGAAUACCGCUGUCCAUCUUACAGCAAUUUGGCACACCCCAGGCAGAAAGCUGGGAGAGUUGGGUUAUUGCUCCUGGCAUGCCUUUCCACCCUUUUCCUCCAUUGCCUCCAUUUCCCCGAGAUAACAAAGAUCCUCCACCUUCUCAUCCUGCAGAAGGACAAAGGGACAGCCAUUGUCCUGCCCCUUGUUAUGCAGAUGAAACCACUCCAUGUUUGGACAUUCCAUGUGCAAAUAGCCAACAGACAUUUAAGCGAGCAAGGGAAUCCUCAUGUGACUUGGGAAAGAGGUAUUUCAGGCAGGAAAAACGGAAUAAUACAAAAUUAGGGCCACCAUGGCUUCGGAAAAGGAAUGUGUGGGGACACAUGGGAGACAACUCAAGGGGUUCUUCAUGCAGCAUAGGUAUAGGGAAUGUAGCAAAUGAGCAGACAGAUUCAUACUUGUCACAGGAUGUAAGCAGUAGGGUGGACAAAGCUGGCAGUAGUUUUUAUCAGCAGCACCAAAAUCAUCAUUGAUUUAUAGGACAAAAUUUGAAGAGUUACUGGAUUCUUCAACACUACCAUUCUCAAUUCAUUUGUUAUCAGGUUUAUAUCUAAUGAUAAUUUUAUUCAAUUUCAGAAUUCCAGUUCUCUUAGUCAAGUUCUUUAUACUAUACCCAGCGCCAAGAGCUAUUCUCAUUCCAGUCCUGUAUAUUGAGCUAUCGGUCCACGCCUCGAAGAGGUAGUCAUUCUUGUUUAUGUAUCAUUUUCUCACAGAUACUUGAAAGGCUUAUGAAUGUUUUUAGAUCAGCGGAAUAAGAGACAAUAUGAUCAAUUCUUUGGUGUC